AAUAAAAAUCAACCCUGACCACUGGGAGGGAUUUUUAGAAGAGCCGUUGAUGUCUUCUCCACACUCGAAUCAGCAUGCCUCCUCCUAUCGCGUCGACACACGGACACGCCGCUAGGGCUACUCUCCGUAGUACGUAGUAGAAGAGGCAGCUUUGUCCGCCGGCCCACUGACUGACAAUCGGCGUGUACUGUACCCAAUGCGAGAAAAGAAGAUGCACCCCACUCCAUGACCUCCGCUUCCUCUUCUUUUUUCUUCCUCCUCCUGCAUCCGAUUGUAUCGAAAUUCGCUAAAUGGGAUUCACCAGCGUUUCCACAGCAACGUGCACUUAUUCGUCAAAUGAGGACGAGCGAGAGGAUUUAUUAACACGUCUCUGAUUUGUGUUGGGCUUCAUCUCAAGAAAAACGGUCUGCACAUGGGGGCUGGCAAGAGCAAGCCCAAGGAACCGGGCCAGCGCUCCAUGAGCGUGGACGGCACCAUCGGGACGGGCUCAGACAGCGGACACUUCCACCACCUGAGCCCCGCCCAGCAGACCCAAACCCCGAACAGGAGUCCUGCGGUGAGCACGGGGCGGCGAGGUUACAAAGGGUACCAGCAUGCGCCUACCAACACCCCUGAGCUUGCUCUCUUCGGAGGAGUCGACCACACGGGCACCGUCACUUCGCCUCAGAGAGGACCUUUGUCAGGAGGUGUCACUACGUUUGUGGCUCUGUAUGAUUAUGAGUCACGGACAGCAUCCGAUCUGACCUUUCGGAAAGGCGACAGACUGCAGAUUGUCAACAACACGAAAAAGUACAGCUUCAGAGAAGGGGACUGGUGGUUGGCUCGCUCCCUGACGACCGGAGAGAGCGGUUACAUCCCCAGCAAUUACGUGGCACCGUCAGACUCCAUCCAGGCGGAAGAGUACGUCCCACCUGAUAUACUGCACUGUAUAGCAAUGCCUUGCCUUUGGAAGCAAACUGUACUACUUCUUCUGUGGCCCACUUUUGGCAGGUGGUAUUUUGGGAAGAUCACUCGGCGAGACUCAGAAAGGAUCCUUUUGAAUUUACAGAACAGACGAGGAACCUUCCUGGUGAGGGAGAGUGAGACGACAAAAGGAGCUUACUGCCUUUCGGUGCUUGAUUAUGACAACACCAAAGGUCUGAAUGUGAAACAUUACAAGAUCAGGAAGCUGGAUAGCGGCGGCUUCUACAUCACGUCCCGCACGCAAUUCACCAGCCUGCAGCAGUUAGUCUUCCAUUAUCGCAAGCAUUCCGAUGGGCUGUGCCACGCCUUGACCGACGUGUGCCCCGUGGCCAAGCCUCAGACGCAGGGUCUGGCUCGAGAUGCCUGGGAGAUCCCUCGAGAGUCCCUCCGGCUUGACCUUAAACUCGGCCAGGGUUGCUUCGGAGAGGUCUGGAUGGGCACGUGGAACGGUACGACACGGGUGGCCAUUAAGACCCUAAAGCCGGGCACUAUGUCACCAGAGGCCUUUCUGCAAGAAGCGCAGGUCAUGAAGAAACUCAGGCAUGAGAAGCUGGUCCAGCUUUACGCCGUGGUGUCCGAGGAACCCAUCUACAUCGUGACCGAAUAUAUGAGCCAAGGCAGCUUACUCGACUUCCUCAAAGGAGAAGCAGGCAAAAUGCUUCGACUGCCUCAGCUGGUGGACAUGGCAGCGCAGAUUGCAGCGGGGAUGGCGUAUGUGGAGAGGAUGAACUACGUGCACAGAGACCUGCGCGCCGCCAACAUCCUGGUGGGAGACAACCUGGUGUGCAAGGUGGCCGACUUUGGCCUUGCGAGACUCAUCGAAGAUAACGAGUACACUGCCAGGCAGGGAGCUAAGUUCCCCAUCAAGUGGACGGCCCCCGAGGCGGCUCUUUAUGGACGCUUCACCAUCAAGUCGGACGUGUGGUCCUUCGGGGUGCUGCUUACAGAGCUGGCCACGAAAGGCCGAGUCCCUUAUCCAGGCAUGGUGAACCGCGAGGUUUUGGACCAGGUGGAGCGCGGCUACCGGAUGCCGUGCCCGUCCGAGUGUCCCGGCUCCCUGCACGAGCUCAUGCUCUCCUGCUGGCGGAAGGACCCGGAAGAGAGGCCCACCUUUGAAUACCUGCAGGGCUUUCUGGAGGACUACUUCACCUCCACGGAACCCCAGUACCAGCCUGGGGAGAACCUAUAGAACCGCGCACACACAGUCACGCACACACACUGCUACGCACAUAUAUACACAAAACACAUACAGUCUGCACUAAACCACCUCAGAAGAAGACAGAAACCUGCAAGGAAGUCUCUGUGCCAUCAUGGACCUGGAGAGGCUUCUUUCUGGACUUUCUGGAGACCUGCAAGUUUGUUCAGGACACACUCAGGCUUUGAGGAGUAAGGCACGAGACUGACGUAAAAGGGUCUCAACACUGCGUCUAAAGGGGAGAGAAAGUCUACUGAAACCAUCCCUCGGUCUUUCGGUACUUUUUUUUCCACCCGCAAAAGGCACUGGAAGAGCAGGCAACUUUUGUCCGGAAUCACGUCUGGUGUUGGGACAAAGUGGUCCCGGUAAUUUUGCCAUAAUUGGGGUGGAAAAUUGCUCUGAAGUUGUCAAUUUGGGGAGUUUUUUAAUAAUUCCAAAUUGGAACGUUUCCAUGGGUAUUGUAUUAUGAUAAUCAACCGGAAAUUGAGGGUAGUUUCAUGGAAAUGUAUCACAUUCAACUGAGCAUAAAUAUCAACUUUUUUUUCUGUCUUAAGCAGACAUUCAAACUGAUUGCUGUCAACAACAGCCACCGUACUGGAGUUGCUCAAAUGGUUGUUUUCACCUGACUUCGGGGCAGCGUGUUUGAAGCUCGCUUGCAAAACAAAGCAAAAAAAAAAAAAUCAAUCAAAAAUAAACCAUCAAUUUAGUAAAUCCCUUACUUAUUGCCAUGAGAGUUUCCAAAUGUGGAAAUUCCCAGCAUUUUGCAAGCCUAGCCAUAACAAAAGGUGUUAGUGUGAAAGGCGGGACAGAAGUGUGAAGUUUGGAAAACACUUCACGCAGCCUGUUUUGUCAAAAGCAAUCGUUAAGCGCUGACGUCAUUUCAUAUUUUGUUUGAGAAAGCACACCCAGACUUUUCGGGUUCUGUGUGAAAAUUCAGUUCCGGCUCAGGUGAGUCAUUUUGCGGACCAUCCCUUGGCCAUUUUGUGGGGUCUCUGAGUGAAAGUGAUUUCACUACCGUGUGACCUUUCAAAGUUUUCAAUGCAGUGCUGCUGAGUCUUCAACCUCCUUCAUAUUUACACGGAAAUGAUCGCAAUCAUGAUAAUCAGUAGGCGUACUUGCUUGAACCAAAAUGUCUCAGUCGGGUUCUGUUCAAAUCGGGCCAAGACAAAAGACAAUAGCAAGCAUUUUGGCCAUAGGUGUCCCGUCCACCGUCACCGCCCACACAUACAGGACAGGUGUUUUGGUGUACUUUCACGAGGAUCAGAUGUAAUUGUUGUGUUCGUAACAGUGCUACAGAUUUUGACAAGGGCCCAAAACGGUUUCACUUUGAUUUGGAAGACAUGUUUCCAAAUAAAAUACAGCCCGCUGUUUCAUUUGAGCUGUCAUGAUAAUUGGAUGCAUAAGUGGUUGUUUUGCGUAAGGCUCCAAAGUCCAACACUAUCAGGACGCUAGUUGUCCUUUCAAGUCAUUCAAAUUGUGACAAACUAAUCUGAAUUAAUUGAUUCCAGAAGCAAACACUUCCUAGCAUAAAAUCUUCUUACCUCAAAAGGUAAUUUAAAAAAAAAGGAUAAAUUCUUGAAUUCGCCCAAAAUGGACGACUUCCUGUUUAGAUUUGAGCCUGGGUCCUUGAGAGUUUUUUUGUGUGUCCUCUUAAACUACACUUGGUCACUCAAUUCCAUAUCAAUUGCCGAAAGUGGUAUGGAGGGGGGGGGGGGCUUUAGGACUCUGUUGUGCAUUCUGUGAUCAUUGACCAAAGUCAUCAACAAAAGUUUGGAUCACUGGCCAACCUGGUGUUAUCGUGAUACACUUUUUUCCAAACGUUCCAAUUCUCAUCACAGCCACCCACCACCACCACCAGCUUUUGAAGUUAAUCAUUUUGAUGUUGACUUUGGUCGCACCGGAUUCGCUGAUAUUGACUGUCCCCUCUACCCUUUUGGGAUUUUUUGACGUUGCAGGUUCUGCUUUCUAAAAACAACUCGAUAAUGGGCGGCAGUAUGGAAAGUCAUGAGAGCAUUUAUUCCAUAUUCUUGAUAUCCAAGAGCCCUGUGCUAGUACGUUUUUUUUCCAUGCUAGCAAGACAAUACAGUGAUCGUAACACUACCAGGCCCAAGUUGUUGGCAUGUGAAUGCACAAGGAGCAUCCAUAUCAUGGAUGGAAUAAAAACGAAUGCAUGGGAUGCCGUUUGAGCAUUUAUUUGCUUGAUGCCCGUUUAAAAGCACAAGUCCAAUCAUUUGUUCUGUGCGGCCUCGCAAGUAUCAUUCUUUGCAGUCUGAUUCGUGUUGCGUUUGUAGACUACGAAUUAAGCAGCAAAAUCCACUCAUUUUUAGCCAUCUCAGGGGGGUGGCCAUUUUGCCACGAAAAUUCUACGCGUUAACAGUGCUUCACUAGUUGUACAAGUAUCGUUGCCAAUGUUAACUCGUGUUCUGUUUUGUCUUACUAGUUAUGCGCAAUUGUCUUAGUAGUAGUGUUAAGAUACAAUUGUUCUACAAGUGUGCCAUAGUUAUUCUAUUAUUGCACCGACUUGUCCUCGGACAUUAAGUUGGGUAUCGAGGAUAUCAAAUAAAUGCUCAAAUGGUUUUCUAUACAGCGGUGAUACGUUGCCCGUCAUAUUCGUCACUAGUAAUGGCCGCUCGACUGCCGUUCAUGUUCCUCAAACAUUUCUCCAAGUAGCAGAUGGGAUUUCUGUUUAAUACCCGGCCGAGCUCGCGAUGCCGUAAAUGUUGACUGCAUCUGUGCCAAAAGAACUCAACUGCUGUCUGUUUUACUAUGAGAGGGAGCCGACAUAUGCUUUCAAAAUAAAGCCCGAAUCGUACGCUUCCUGUCCCAAGUGCAGAGGAAAUAUUCAAGCAGUAGGCCUCAGUGUGUCAGCAGGAAAUAAGCUGAGAAAAGAAAAAAAAUGUUCUCAUGUCUUGAUUUGGAAAGAAGUUCAGCAUGCUUUUUGUGCUGCAUUUGUACUGUACAUCCUCCUCAACGUGUUUACUUUAAGCUCCGUGGAUACCAUUGACCUGCUUAACGAAGACUUUUUUUUUUUGUACAUCUCAUCCAAAGUAGUCGCACUGUAUAUAGUGUAGCGCUCCAAGGGUUGCUUUUGUACCAUAAUGGCGGAUACGUAUUUAUGUUGGCUGUUACUCACUGCAUUGUUUUGUUUGUUAUUUUGUUUAAUCCGUAGAUAGGAGCAUUUUAGGCUGCCGGCAACCUAAAUGACGACAGAAGCAGCAAUAAGAGUCCACAUACAAACAGGCCUAAACAGACGUUUGACAGUGGAUAUAAAAAUCCUACACACCCCAUUAAAAUCAAUUUUUUUUGUGCUAUAUUAAAAAAUAAAAGUAAAAAGACUAAAUCAUUUCAAAAGUCAUCCACUACCUAUGAACUACAACUUGUACAGCACACCUGAAAGGAAAAAAAUAAUAAUCAUCUUUUCAAAAGAUGAAGUAACAUUAAACAACGAAGAUGCCCAAGUGUGCACACUCUCACAACUGGGAUGUGAAAAUGUUCAGAAGUUAACAUCAAUCACAUUCAAUCUCAUGUUACGUGGGAGUCAACACGCACUGGCCACCAUUUCAAGUGCGUGAUUAACCCUCAAUAAAUAAAGCAAAAAUAUGUCCAGGAAAUGUUAACUUGAACAGCUGAACUUUAUUUUGGUGAAUCAGGAGCGCUUGAAAUGGUGAAAGGUGUAUGAUGACUCCCGUUCAACGGGAGUUUUACUAUUAUUGGUAAUUCUGAACACCACCACAAUUCUGCGUGUGCACUCUUAUACGACCACAUGAUUUUAAUUGUUCGUUUUCACAUCUCGUAGAAGAUUUCAUUGUUCGAUUGAAUUGUACAGGUUAUAUGUCACAUGAAUGGUGGAAAAGGUUUUGAAAUUAUUUAACUCGGUCUUGUUUUUGUUCAGCCACAAAACUUUGGCAUUUGAACCGGGGUGAACUUUUUAUAUCCUCUGUAUAUCAGCGGUGGGCAAACUAUUGCCCACUGUUUAUUCAUUCAAAUUUAAAAGUAAUGAUUAAAAUGUUUAAUAUGGAUUUCAUUCAUUAAUAACAUUAGUUAACAAUACAUUUUCUACAUUAAGUCUGUUUUUUUGUAUUAAAAAUGAGGGGCUACAUUAUUGAUAUAACAAAGAAAAAAUAACAAAUAUCUGAACUCUUUUGACGAAACAAUACAUGACAAAAAAAAAAUCUCAGAAAUGUUGUUGGCCAUCUGAGAACUUUACAAAUAGGCCCAAGGUUGCCCAACCCUGGAAGUAUUUGGACAAGAGCAACAUUUUGAAAUCAUGAGGUCAAAGAUGUAAAUAGCAUUGUCAAUGACUGUGAAUAUCAAGUAAAUACUGUACUACUUUAUUCGACUGAGGUUUUGUUUUUUGUUUUGCUUUUUUUCACAAAAUGUGAUCCCAGGAUGUUUUAAUGAGAUGCUACUGUAUUUUCUUUUUUUUUUUAUUUGACCCAUAUAAAACAACAUAAAUUGGGCUUGACGUGUAUUUUCAAGAACAGUGUUUUAUUUGUAUUCUUUGUUUUGUUGGUGUGUGUGUGUGUGUGUGUGUGUGCGUGUGUGUGUGUGUGUGUGUGUAAAUCCCCACUGUCUAAUUUAACAAUACAGUAUGCGCCCAUGAAGCACAUGAAUAUGUGAUCCUGUGCAGGAGGAAAAAUAGCAGAUUAGUGAAUAAAGCUACGAUCUGUUUGGAAAACAUGUGCCAUGAUUUCAAACAUGUCUCAGUGUUAUAAGUUUGAAUCUUUUUAUUUUAUUUUAUUUUUUUAAGAAAUCUAUGCAGUUCAGGCAGACGUCACAGCCACCACAGAAAGGUGAGAGUUUCAUUUUGUGUGUAUUGAUUGAAAUGGGUAUUAUGCCACUUUCUGUUCUUUAAAUGUGCAAUAAAUUCUAUUUUAAGUGUG